GUUAUAAAGAAAUUAAGGGCGUCUUUGCACUUAGAUGAUCAACCAUCGAUCAAUCAUUAAUCCGCCCAUGUAUGAAUUGAUAUUCAUCACAUCGACAACGAUUAUCAUCUCAUCAAAAGGCUUUUUGACAAACAACAAUUGACGAUCGCUUUCCUCUAAAGCCGAAUAGCAAGCGCACGAAAAGAUCGCGUUUCAGCUCGAGAAUUAUUAUCAGCCCUUUUCAAUUCGCAACACCUUUCUCGAUAAAGUUCACCCAUUCAGAUAGACCAAUACAAGAACUGAAACAUCAUGUCUGGCUAUAGUGCAGGUGGUGGUAUGGGCUCACUUACUCCAUCACGUAGAGCACCACCCGUUCCAGGCGCAACAAGUGGAAAUGGUGGUCUAGGGAGUGUUGGUAGUGCACAUGGCAGCGGCGCUCCUUUGGCCAACAAAUCAUUGCAUAACGAUCCUUUCUUACCUCCUCUAGCAUCAUCUUCACAAUCUUCCGGAUUUACAGGAUCAACGGGUUUGGGAGCAGGUGGUGGUAGCUAUACAGGCCCUUUGCGUCCCGCAGGACCGGGUGCUGUUGCCAACAAUGGUGGACCGGCCAAUUGGGGAGCAAGCGGAGGAAGUGGUUUUGGCUCACCCACUGGUGGUUCAGGCGGCGUUGGUGGAAUUGUUAGAAAAGGAUGGGUCAGCGUAAAAGAAGAUGGAAUUCGAAGUUGGAUUUGGAGCAAACGUUGGUUGGCAUUACGCGAACAGACGUUAACCUUCCACAAAAAUGAAAGUUCUUAUCAAGCUGUUGCACUUAUCUUUCUCAAAGAAAUUGUCAAUGUCACAAGAACUGAUCUGAAACCAUAUUGCUUGGAAAUCGAAUCAAAGGAUCGCACAUUCUUCUUGCAACUCAAGAAUGAUGAAGAAUUGUACGGCUGGCAAGAUGAUAUCUACAGUAGAUCACCUUUAAUGGGCGUUUCUUCCCCUACCAACUUCGUACAUCAAGUUCACGUAGGAUUUGAUCCUGUUUCCGGUGCAUUUACCGGUUUACCCGAGCAAUGGACACGUCUUCUCACAACAAGUGCCAUCACUAAAGAAGAUUAUGCAAAGAAUCCUCAAGCUGUCUUGGACGUUUUGGAGUUCUACACUGAUAUCCAAAAGCGUGAACGUGAUGAUUUCGGUUUGGGAACUCCUACGAUGAAUUUACGACCCGGAGGUAAUACAGUAGCAACUAACAAAGCGCCAGCCAGAUUCGGAGCGGGUACAGGGUAUGCUGGCAGUGAGGCAAACGACGGUAGAGGUCUUUCUCAAUCUUCCAGUGCUGGUUCAGGAAUGACUGCAAACAAUGGAUAUGGCAGCAGAAGCCAUGCUGAUGGCAGUCAAACAAGUCUUCGUACACCCCACGAACAACCAACAAGGUCUAGAAGUCCAAGUAACGCAUCUCAGGCUCAACCUAGACCUAGCUUGUCAUCUCGUGAACAAAGUUCUUCCGAUGACAGAAUAAUGACAGCAAGCCAAAUGCGUACAGGCGGAAGCUCUUCCUCUUCUUCAGCUAAUCGACCUGUACCACCAUCACAGUCUUCAGGCUCUCGGAAUGCAGGAGCAAGUGGCGCACAAGGCACAUCUGGAUCAUCAUCGAAUGAUUUGGUCGCAAGUCGAAAAGCACCCGCUGCUCCUGGUGGCAGCUCUACAACUUCUUCAUCCACUCGACCACCUUUGCAACAGUCUACAUCAAACGAUUCGGCUAAACUAGCUCGUGAAGCAGACAAAGCAGUGGCAGCCUUGAAUUUAAAGGCAAAAGAGAUGAAGAUUGACUCCGCAUCUCCUGCUAAGCCACCUCCAAAGGAUACCUCAUCUGCAAGCAAAACUUCUGCUCCUUCGGCGACAAAGCCUGGUCCACCACCUGCACCUUCAGCUGGAACGGCAACGGGUGUGAAGCCUUUGCAAACAUCUAAGAAAGAUGGUUCUUCCAAGAAGGAGUCAGAAAGACGGAUUAGCACGAUGACCGAAGCACAAAUUAUGGAAAAGUUGCGCAGCGUUGUCAAUCCGCAAGACCCCAAUGCGUUGUACUCCAAGAUCAAAAAGGUUGGUCAAGGUGCAUCUGGAAAUGUGUACGUGGCCAAGACAUUGGCAACAGGACAACGUGUUGCUAUCAAGACUAUGGAUCUUGCACAACAACCUCGUAAAGAAUUGAUUGUGAAUGAAAUUCUAGUCAUGAAGGAAAGUCAACAUCCUAACAUUGUCAACUUCUUGGAUUCUUAUUUGGUCAAGAAUAAUGAAUUAUGGGUCAUUAUGGAAUACAUGGAAGGUGGUGCACUUACAGAUAUUAUUGAUAAUAAUAAUGUGCUAGAGGAAGAUCAAAUUGCUGCAAUCUGUUUGGAAACAUGCAAAGGUCUCGAACAUCUACAUGCCCAAAGUAUCAUCCAUCGUGAUAUCAAAUCAGACAACGUUUUGUUGAAUGCUUCCGGUCAGGUAAAGAUUACCGAUUUCGGUUUCUGUGCUAAAUUGACCGAUCAAAAGUCAAAGCGAGCAACUAUGGUCGGAACUCCGUAUUGGAUGGCACCCGAAGUUGUUAAACAGAAGGAGUACGGUGCAAAGGUUGAUAUUUGGAGUUUGGGUAUUAUGGCCAUCGAAAUGAUUGAGAAUGAGCCACCAUACUUGGAUGAAGAGCCAUUGAAGGCAUUAUACCUUAUCGCCACAAACGGUACACCGACGUUGAAAAAGCCAGAAAAGCUAUCGAAAGAAUUAAAGGGCUUCUUGGCUGUCUGCUUGUGCGCAGAUGUGAAAAGUCGAGCAACAGCGGAUGAAUUAUUGCAACAUCCAUUCCUACAGAUGGCAUGUCCAUUAUCAAGUCUAGCGCCCCUAUUACGGUUCCGCAACAAAUCUGAUCGUUGAUGUACACAUUCCAAUUCACGCAUUCCCCUUCAUUUUACGAUAAACCUCAACUGCGAAUAUCCUCCCUCUUUUUUUUGCGCGA